AUGGCAGACGAGAGUAACCACGGUACAUUUAAGCAGAAAGUGUCCUUUUUCAAGAUCACUCCGCUGCGUUCAGCAUCACGUUCAAGUUACGUGUGGUCCUAUUUCGGAACGCUGGUGCAUGACGAUGGCCAGAAAAGGAGAACUGUUGGUUCGGACAAUUUCUGUAAGCUCUGCUUAGAAAAAGCUCUCAGUGAGGACUCCACGCUUCCCUUUGAAAGAUGCGACAUCAAGCGUUACUCGAGCUCUGUAAGCACGACGAACCUUCAACGUCACUUAGCGGACGUACACAAGGUGUCAGGGAAGCAAGGCACCGGAGACAGCGAAGGGCUGAAGAACUACUUCAGUACAGCCAAAAGGAAACACACAAACGACUCCAUGGUAAAGAAGCAACUAGCUAGAGACUUUGUACUCUGGGUUGCAAGGGACCUCCUACCGUUCAGCAUAGUUAAUGGAGAAGGCCUUCGAGACUUCUUGCUGAAGUACAAGGUAAUUAAGUCUGACGAAGACCUCCCUGACAGGACAACGCUCUCCCGCGGUGCACUUAAUGAUGUAUACAACGCUAUGCACGACCACGUAAAGCGGGUCAUCCAGGAAGGCCCGCGAUUCCUUGCGGUGACGUACGACAUGUGGAUGGACAACCACAGGCGCAGAAGCUACAUAACCUUCACGUGUCACUUCAUUGAUGAAAGCUUCGAACUUCGGAGCAUGACCCUCUCAACAAGGAAUAUGGUAGAGAGGCACACCGCUGUUGCCAUUUGGGGCGAAUAUUGCAAGUGCACGGAAGAGUUCGGCAUGACGACGAAGACGAUCACUGCUGUGACGGAUGCCGGGUCAAAUAUGAAGCGUGCUGCGUCUUUGGCAGACACAGAACAUCACUUAUGCGCAGGGCAUGGGCUCCACAACUUAGUACUCGUUGACGGCAUCCAGAAAGUGCCAGAAUUAUCUGACCUCCUUCGGAGCUGCAGGGCAAUCGUCAAACGCGUGCAUUACAAGGCUGGCCAACUGGAGGAAAUCGUCGAGGCAGACAUUCGCACCUCCCUUCUAUCCCUUUGUGAUGUUGGAGACGCCAUUGACGACGACGAGGCUGACCCCGCUCUACUAUGUGAUGGAAGUGAUGAGCACAGCUACUCAUCCAGCGGAGUGCCGUCAAAGUUUACCACCGUCAAAAGCGACACGCCAACAAGGUGGCAUAGCAUCUUGGCCAUGUUGGAAAGCCUGAUCGUUAACAAAGCAUCGCUAAGGAAGCUGCUGGCUACACUAGGGGAGCCAAUGCAAUUAGGGCCAGAAGAAUGGAGCCUAGUUGGGGAACUUGUAGAAUUCCUAAAGCAAUUCCGGAAGGCUGUCGAGCUGUUUUCAAUGCAGCGUGACUGCACGUACAACACGCUACUUGUAAUAAGAAGUGAGCUGAAGAGCUGCCUGGAAGAUAAGGCUGAUGACAGCACUUCUGUGCGUCAGAUGAAGCAGGCGAUGCUCGCGAAAUUCGACUACCGCUUUCCAGUAACUGAAAGCACAGUCACCGCUUCCCUUCUGGAUCCCCGCUUCCAGAACCUGAAAGUGGUAGAUGAAUACCUGACAACAAAGGGACUGAGCAAGGUAGAUUUCUUAGCAGCGCAAGUGCUCAGAUUCGUUAAAGAGGGCGACAUCAGAACUUCUGACGGGGGUCAACCGCGUUCUUCGACAGAGGACACGUUUGCUGUGCUUGCGAAGCGGCAUUCAUCAGGGGAAUCCAUGCUGCUCGGAUCUGUGAACGCGGAGUGCCACGCGCUCAUGAGCACUCCCGCAGGAAAGUGCGGACGGUCAACGAGCGUAUUGGACUUCUGGCGUUCAGCACAAACGCAGCUGCCAUGGCUGUCAUGCCUCGCCAAGAAGGUUUUAUGUGUGCCGGCGACAAGCACUCCGUCAGAGAGGGUGUUUUCAAUCGCGGGACUCAUAGUGCGCGCGAAACGUGCCAACCUCCACCCACUCACCCUGGACAAACUUAUAUUUAUCCACGAUAACUACAGUGUCUACAUAGUUAGGGUUAAGGACCUGUUCUACAUCUCGAAGUCCGAAGAAGGUCCCACAGUGUGA